GUAGUGCGUUGAUUUCAUACCAAAGUCAUACUUAACAUUCCACAUAUACUGUCAAACCUCUGACAAAUAUUACGGAAAACAACAAGGCGCCAAAUUAUAACAAAGUUACAAAAAACGCGCAGCUGGCCUCACUGGGAAGAAUAGGGGGACUGCCAGAAUAAAAAAAAAAGUUCCAAGCUGAAUCCAGCGUUUCCAGCCUUGAGGAUUUCAGCAGGUCUGUCGAGGGUUCCAGGGAAACGCCGACUGGAUUCGGGGGAAUAACUUCGGACUGGUUCGGACCUCUGCAUCCUGAAGAUUUCCCACUGACCCUUUGAUCUUGGGGCUUAGGGUCGGGCCCAGGGGGAGCCGCCACCAUUGCGUCCAACGAGUGGAGCGCCAACGGUAGCCCAGAAGAUGGGCUGGACGGGGACAAUGAGGACAAGACCAUGGACGGAGAUGCAGAGGGCGUAUGGAGCCCAGAUAUCGAGCAGAGUUUUCAGGAGGCCCUCGCAAUCUACCCUCCCUGCGGCAGAAGGAAAAUCAUCCUCUCAGAUGAGGGAAAAAUGUAUGGUCGCAAUGAAUUGAUAGCGAGGUACAUCAAGUUGAGGACAGGAAAAACCCGCACACGAAAGCAGGUGUCUAGUCACAUACAGGUGUUAGCACGGAAGAAAGUUCGUGAAUACCAGGCGGGUAUAAAGGUUUCUAGCCACUUGCAGGUUCUCGCCCGGAGAAAAUCUCGCGAGAUCCAGUCAAAGCUAAAGGCGAUGAAUUUGGAUCAAGCGUCCAAAGAUAAAGCUCUGCAGAACAUGGCCGCCCUGUCGUCCGCACAGAUAGUCUCGCCGAGCAUGAUAAAGAAUCACCUUCCUCCUUUGUCUCCUGCCCCAUACCAACCAACUCGAUUCUGGCCUGCUCCAAUCCCGGUACAGCCAGGACCAUCUCAGGAGAUGGUUCUAGAUGUCAACCCGGGAAGGACUCCUGGGCCCAUCUGCACCAGCCAUGUCAUCAAACCUUUUGUACAGCCCCCAUACUCAGCCCUGUCAGGCCCGGUACAACAGACCAUACCAGCCUAUGAGCCAUUGGCGCCCCCUCCUGCACCGUCAGCGACUGCAGUUCCAGUGUGGCAAGAUCGGACGAUCGCUUCGUCUAAGCUGCGAAUGCUCGAGUACUCAGCCUUCAUGGAGGUCCCGAGAGACCCGGAGAAUUACAGCAAACACCUGUUUGUCCACAUUGGACAGACCAAUCCCUCCUACAGCGACCCGCUCCUUGAGGCUGUAGAGGUCCGGCAGAUCUAUGACAAGUUCCCCGAAAAAAAAGGCGGGCUCAAAGAACUGUACGAGAAAGGGCCGCAGAAUGCCUUCUUCCUCGUCAAAUUCUGGGCGGACCUGAACAGCAGCGGGAUGCUGGAUUUGCCGGGUUCCUUCUAUGGCGUGAGCAGCCAGUACAGCAGCAUGGAGAACAUGACCAUCACAGUUUCAACUAAAGUCUGCUCAUUCGGCAAACAGGUUGUAGAGAAAGUCGAGACAGAAUACGCCCGAAUGGAGGGAGGAAAGUAUGUUUACAGGAUCCACCGCUCUCCGAUGUGCGAAUACAUGAUCAACUUUAUCCACAAACUCAAACACUUACCUGAAAAGUACAUGAUGAAUAGCGUUCUUGAAAACUUCACGAUCCUACAGGUGGUGACGAACCGUGACACCCAGGAGACCCUGCUUUGUAUAGCCUUCGUUUUUGAGGUUUCCAAUAGUGAGCAUGGAGCUCAGUAUCACGUCUACAGACUUGUAAAAGACUAACAGCUGGUCAAGAUGGUUCUGGAGAAGCCAGACUAAGCGUGACGCAAUCUCUCUGCGACCACCUCAACCAUCCAGGAAAAAAAAAAACAAAAAAAAAAAAAAGAGAAAAAACUACAACAGAAACCUUCAACAACGCUAGACCGGACUAACGUGGACACACCUUAUGCUUUAAUGAAAGUAUGCAAGGAAGUAAAACACAGAUGCGCCAACAUGAAAUAAAAUUGUGAAGAACUGUGGAUAAACAGCUAAUUAUUUUUUUUUAUGUGCUUAAACAAGAUGAAGUGGGUCACUUUGUAUUUGACUAAAUUUGAAACGUUUAAUUGAGGGAUGGCGAACGUGUUCGUGGGCUUGAAAAGACUCAGGUAGCAGUGAGAGAAGUGCUUAUUAGCCAGAAAAGGGGAGCGAUUUGGACCACAGAACGGGACGAACCAGAGGGAAGUUGUUUAGGUUUGUUAGUACAGCAAGUGCCUUUUAUUUUUUAACCAAAGGUUUUACCAUUGCCUGCCACUUUGGAUUGCCUUUUUCUACUACCUCUUGUUUUUUUUUUGAAUGAACGAAAGACGUUCAUGCAGGUGUGUUUUGUUACGAAAAAAUAGCGGAAUCUGAUCAACGUCUGCGAGGGCCGCGCUCGCCUCCGGGCACACAGAGAAAUGGGAUAAACUGAUUUUCAUGUUGCCUGAUUUACAAAAAAAUAUGACAUAAAAGUAAAUUCUAAACAAAAUGCAUUAACAGUCCACGUGUAAUGGGGGAAUACUGACACUGUUGCUGUGUUAUCGUAGUUCUGCUUAUGUUUUUUUGCAUCUUAAUACACAGUUAAACAUCAGGUCUUACCAGAAUCAGUCUGUUACUGACGUUUUGACUCUUGGGACGUCUUGUAUCAUAGCAAUUGUGACAGGAAUCCAGGGCUUUACCUUCCUCGUGAGACCCCCUGUUAUUUCCUGCUGUUUGAAGACGUGUGCUCAGAUGCACUUAUUUAAAAAUAUCAUGACAGGGGUGCAGCGACAGCAGUGCUUAUUUUCUGACUUGAGUUAAUGUAGCAUAAUUGAAUUGUUUCUUUCUGUACUGUGAGUCAGUGGAUUUUAAAGGAAUAUGUGUUACAUAGGAGUAUUUUCGGGGGGAGGGGGGAGGGGAGGGGGCUUUUUUUUAUUAUUUGUGAUCAUGUAACUCAACACAGAGACCAUGGUUAAAGGGGGAGAAGUUAAUCACUGUUUCUUUUGUUUAAAAAAGAGAUUGUAUGCUGUGAAGUUGGUUUAUUUGCUUCACUCUUCUCAGUGUAACGUGUGGAGAGGCUGCAUUCACUGAUUAAAAAGUCCAGUUUUAUAUUUAAGACAUUUUUUUUUUACAUACAAAAUAAUUAUUAAAUCAAUUCAAAUGAUGAUUUGAUGAAAGAUAAUAUUGUCUCUGUGGAGUAUGACUAUUGAUUGUUAUUUAUGGGGGUUGGAGGAGAAAUAGCAAAAGGGCAGGUUCGGGUUUCUCAAGACAUGUUGAUAAUUUUCCAUGGACGAUAGAGGUGUUAAAACUCUGUCAUCAUCAUCAUCAUCAUCAUCAUCAUCAUUUUUUAUAUUUUUUUGGGACAAUUAACUCUUGACUCCACAAUUCCUGCUAGACACACAUUAGUUCUGUGAGGUCCACUGGAAAAUGUUGCUGUAAAAGAGCAAAUUUUAAAUAUAUCUGUGACUUUGGAUGUCAAACUUCACAGCCUAGAUACAAAUAACACUUCUCCUUUGCAGGUCUUACGGUUUAUCUUUUAUACAGACGUCUUCUGCCAUCAUCAAGAUUAAUGUUUUGUUCUGAGUCUGUUGUCUUUUGACUUUCAGUGUUUGCCGUUUGUUACACUGAAAAAUAAUGUGUGAUUGUGCUGGUAUUGACAAUACUGAGUUAUCUAAUGUAUCAUAUUCGGUAUGGUGUGGGAAGUUUCUUUUUGUCUUUGGUUUAAGGUGGUUUACUAUUGCCUUUGUUACAAUUGUGCAUUGCAAUUUUAUACUUAAAAGUAGAGGUUGGACUAUGUAAUCAACAAAUGUAUCUAACAACACAAGACGCAUGGUGCCUUUGGGGCCAUUUUCCCCAGAAAAUUCAUUAAAUUUAUGUUAAUUUG